ACCCUCGAGCGCCUAACUGAUAAGUCUUACGCUCAAAUUACAGAAGUGCAGGGUGCUGUCAUUGCUUUUUAAAAAACAUCCCAGAGAAAAGAAGCUCCGCGGAGAGUUCCUGAAAUGCAGAAAGUCAGAGAAGCCGAAACGAUGAAAAGUCAGGUACUGUUUCUCUUUCUGCUGUCUUUGUUCUGCGGGGCCAUCUCCCAGCAGAUCCGAUACACGAUUCCAGAGGAGCUAGCCAACGGCUCACGGGUGGGGAACCUUGCUAAGGAUCUGGGCCUCAGUGUCCAGGAGUUGCCAACUCGAAAACUGCGGGUUAGUGCAGAGGAUUAUUUCAACGUUAAUUUGGAGAGCGGGGAUUUGUUAGUGAACGGUAGGAUAGAUCGAGAGAAGAUUUGCGGAAGGAAACUUGAGUGUGCACUAGAAUUCGAAACGGUCGCUGAAAACCCAAUGAAUGUUUUCCACGUGGUUGUUGUAAUCCAAGAUAUUAAUGACAAUGCACCACAUUUCCUUGCAAAAGGUAUUAACUUAGAAAUUUGUGAGUCAGCCUUACCCGGGGUAAAAUUCUCUCUGGAUUCUGCGCAAGAUGCAGAUGUGGAAGGCAAUUCACUGAAGAUAUACACCAUCAACCCCAAUCAAUACUUCUCUCUGUCAACGAAGGAAAGUCCUGAUGGAAGUAAAUAUCCGGAAUUACUGCUGGAAAAACCUCUAGACAGGGAACAUCAGAGCUCUCAUCGCUUAAUCCUGACUGCCGUGGAUGGCGGGGACCCGCCUCUAAGCGGCACCACCCACAUCUGGAUCCGAGUCACCGAUGCCAAUGAUAAUGCUCCCAUGUUUAGCCAGGAUGUAUACAGGGUUAGCCUCCAAGAAAACGUGCCGUGGGGAACCUCCGUGCUGCGGGUGAUGGCCACAGACCAGGAUGAGGGCAUUAAUGCAGAGAUCACCUAUGCCUUCCUCAAUUCCCCAAUAAGUACCAGCCUCUUCAAUCUCAAUCCAAAUACCGGCGACAUCACAACCAGUGGCACAUUGGAUUUUGAAGAAACAAGUAGAUAUGUGUUGGGUGUAGAAGCCAAGGAUGGAGGAGUACACACAGCUCACUGUAAUGUUCAAAUAGAAAUCGUUGAUGAGAAUGACAAUGCCCCUGAGGUGACAUUCAUGUCCUUCUCUAACCAGAUUCCAGAGGAUUCAGACCUUGGAACUGUAAUAGCCCUCAUAAAAGUGCGAGACAAGGAUUCUGGGCAAAAUGGCAUGGUGACAUGCUAUAUUCAGGAAGAAGUUCCUUUCAAAUUAGAAUCCACCUCGAAGAAUUUUUACAAGAUGGUGAUUGGUGGAGCCCUAAACCGGGAGCAGACAGCAGACUACAACGUCACAAUCAUAGCCACCGACAAGGGCAAACCAUCCCUUUCCUCCAGGACAAGCAUCACCCUGCACAUCUCCGACAUCAACGACAAUGCACCUGUUUUCCAUCAGGCCUCCUACGUGGUCCAUGUGGCUGAGAACAACCCACCUGGCGCCUCUAUUGCACAAGUGAGCGCCUCCGACCCGGAUUUGGGACCCAACGGCAGCGUCUCCUACACUAUUCUGGCCAGUGACCUGGAGCCGCAGGAGCUGUUGUCCUACGUGUCCGUGAGCGCGCAGAGCGGGGUGGUGUUCGCGCAGCGCGCCUUCGACCACGAGCAGUUGCGCGCCUUCGAACUCACACUGCAGGCCUGCGACCAGGGCUCCCCGACGCUCAGCGCCAACGUGAGCCUGCGAGUGUUGGUGGGCGACCUCAAUGACAAUGCGCCACGGGUGCUGUACCCCGCGCUGGGGUCUGAUGGCUCUGCACUUUUCGAUAUGGUGCCACGCGCCGCAGAGCCCGGCUACCUAGUGACCAAGGUGGUGGCGGUGGACGCAGACUCGGGACACAACGCUUGGCUGUCCUACCACGUGCUGCAGGCCAGCGAGCCCGGACUCUUCAGCCUGGGGCUGCGCACGGGUGAGGUGCGCACAGCGCGUGCCUUGGGCGACAGGGACGCGGCCCGCCAGCGCCUGCUGGUCGCUGUGCGUGAUGGAGGACAGCCACCACUCUCCGCCACCGCCACGCUGCACCUAAUCUUCGCGGAUAGCCUGCAAGAGGUAUUGCCAGACCUUAGCGGCAGCCCUGAGCCCUCUGACCCCCAGACGGAACUGCAGUUUUACCUGGUGGUGGCCUUGGCCUUGAUCUCAGUGCUCUUUCUCCUCGCGGUAAUUCUGGCGAUCGCCCUGCGCCUGCGACAUUCCUCCAGCCUCAACACUGAGGGCUGUUUUCAAACGGGUCUCUGCUCCAAGUCUGGGCCCGGGGUUCCUCCCAACCACGGCGAGGGGACUUUGCCCUAUUCCUACAAUCUAUGUGUUGCCUCUCAUUCUGCAAAGACAGAAUUUAAUUUUCUCAGCCUGCCACCUGAAAUGGCUCCCCCUCAGGAUCUGCUGUGUGAUGAUCCUUCUAUGAUUGUUUGUGCCAGUAAUGAAGAUCACAAACUCGCUUAUGACCCUUCUUUGUCUUCGCACGUGAGUUUCUGCAAAUCUAGUUAA